AGCCUUGCACUUAGUCUUUAAACAAUGAUCACGACAUCAAGGCACCCCACGAUAGCUUCAGGCGUGAAUGCCACAAUGAAGCAAUGACGGCAGCCAAGGAUGGGGUCGACGAACAGCACAGCAAUUGCACAGGUAGUCCGGACACUCAUUGUCGAUAAAUAUCCCGAGGACUACGAAACUCUGAAGGUCAGGUUAGCGCAGCCAAAUUUCAAUGCCCAUCAUAUAUCUGUCAAUCCUUCCACUCUUCGCGGCAUUCGCUCUCUUUACGCCACCAAUCGCUCAAACCAUAUAUGGGACGUCAAUUUGCAAUCCUCAAACCAACUACCAAAUAGUCGCUGAGUUGAACAACGGGAGUUAUCACAAUUCCUCCGGUACCCGUUCGUUUACCUGGAACAAUACAGCAGCCCGAAACUUGAACGUCACAGAGCCAUGGCAGAUCGACCUGUUAGUCAACGACACCAUUCGCGAUGUACAGCUCAAGAGCAUAGAUAACGCUGCCGUUCUCGGCACAAACAAAGGCUAUCUUAGCGUACCGGAUGGUGUACGCAGCACAAGCUUUAGUAUCUACCAGUUGGCGCCUGUCAACGCAACGUCCGAUGGAGAUCGGAGCAAUGGCUGCAGCGGUGUACUGAGCUCGGGGUGUAUAGACUACCUACGGAGUGCCGUGCUGACUACAAGUCCCAGCACCUCGUGUGCAGAUUCACGGCUUGGGGAAAAUCCUCGCGAUGAGGCUGUGGCAGCGUGCGGUACAGCCUUCAGUACAUUGGCCAAAUCAGGGCAUGUCUCCUUCUAUACGUCCUUCCUCGAAAAUACUUAGACUGACCUUGAUCAGGCGCAGCCUUCGUCGAAGACGAAGGAAACGACACUUGCACAUACUCUUCUGUUGACGGAAUCAGCCUCCCAGAGAACUACCACACAUUUCAACGCCUGUUCCCCACGUUUACGAUCUCCACGUCACCCAGUCAGUGCCGUUCAUUGUUGCUGCGAGGUUUGACGAC